AUGUAUCUAGACUGGCCUGAAUCACCCGCAGAUUUGGUGCCCCUGCCACGGUGCGACGGCCCCAAGCUAAAGCCGUUUAAUUUCAAGGGCUCGCAGGAGAUCGAGUUCCUUGAAUACCUUGGAGAAGGCCUGCACGCACAUGUCUUCAAGGUCAAGAUCGAACUGCAGAUCUACGCGCUGAAACUCUUCCGCUUCCCCUACGAUGAGGACUGGUUGGGUCCUGAAGCACACACCAAACCAGACGAUCUCGAGGCCAUGAGCGCGUUCUACAACUACUCAGAGCCAUUUUCCUGCGAAUGCCGGGCCUUUGGUCGCCUCCAGGAAGACGGGUACGAGGAACUAGCCGUCAAGUGCCUCGGCUAUCUCCUUCUCGACGAAGAACACGAACGUACGAUGAUGAACCGGUUCAGCCACCUCAAACUCGAAUUUAACGGCAACUGUGAGAUUCCCGGCCUCGAAGAUAUGCGCGGGCGUUUUCUGGGGAGGGACGGCAGACACCCGCCCAUUCGGUGCAUCGUGAAAGAAUUCGGUCAAGCGGAAGAACCUCUCCGAAACAAAGAUAUGAAGAGGAUUCUCCGGGAUAUCAUCCGACUGCACCAACUCGGCAUCAUCGACGUCGACAUGGCGCACCGGCAGUUGAUCGGCGGCAAGCUGGGCGACUUUAGCACAGCCGUCACCGUUCCGCACUUUAUGGUGACGCCGGAGCUGAACCCGCGCCUAACACCCGAGUGGAUCUCGGCCAUGGAAUUUGAGACUUUCCAGUUCAGCAUCAACGACUUCUGGGACUUCGACAGCACGGUGCAGUUCUGGAAUUUCCAACACGAGAAUCCGAAGGACCACAUCUCCGUCCAUGCAUUUCCUAGCGGGUACGGCUGUCGGAUCAAGUACGACCUGAGACCGACGCCAUCUCGCGAGCGUGUCUAUACCUUCGUGGACCCCAGGCUCUACGACUGGAAGACUUCUGUUGCGGCCAGCGCGGAGGCCAGCGGGACAGGAGGAGUCAGCGAACAAAGCCGAGGUCAACAGACGAAGGGCAGGAGCUGCGACAGGCGGAAAGGAGCGGUUACAAAGACACGUCGACGGUUGGAUGCCAAACCACCUCGGUGGUACUAUGACUGCGAUAGUAAGGUUACGGCUAAGCUGAAGCGAAGCAUAAUGUUCAGCACCUCACUCGAAUGGGAGUUCAAGGACGGUCUGAUAUUUCCACGGCGCAGGCACUAG